AUGGGAAGUCACCGGAAUCAGACGACAAACACCGUCGGCUUCUCUCUCCUCCCGGCCGAGCUCAUACACUAUAUAAUUCUCAAUCUAGUUUUACCCGAUAUUGUUCGAUUAAAAUCCACUAAUAAGUUUAUUGCCUCAAUUAUCUUUGACCAAGAUUUUGUUCGCGAAUAUAAUGUGAAAUCGAGCUCAACCACUUGGCUUUUUAUUUACACGAAGCGAUGGCGUCGUAAAUCUAUGCUCCAUGGCUUUGUGGACGGCUCUAAUCGGUGGUUUGAAAUUUCGAUUUUGGAAUUGUUGAAUCCGAUGGUUUCUCCCUGGGAAGAUCUCUAUUUUUUGACCGCGUCGGGUAAUUACUUUCUCUUUGCUUCCAACACUAGCCAGGAAGUUAUUCAUGUUAAUCCCAUGGCUAAGAUAGUUAGAAAGAUCCCUCCAAGCCCACUAGGUCCACGUGACACAUCUUUGUGGCGCCGAUCUGGUAUGAAAUUACUACCUGGCCCUCCUGGGUCGGGUCAUUUCCAAUUUUUAUUUGCUGAAUAUCAUGAAAACCGUCCAGUUUUAUUUGAGUAUAACUCAGAGAUUGACAAGUGGCGAUCUAUAGAAGCAAAAGAAAAUGUUUGGAAUUUGCCAUGUGUCAAUGAAAGAGGGGGUGACUAUAUUUUCCUUAGUGUCAUUAAUGGAAGGAGUGGAAGUGUCCUUAUUGCCCUUGGAUCCGAAGGUGAUGACGACCCGGUGGUUAUACGACCGAGAUUUCCUAGGGGAGGGGAAGAGCAACGGUUGGCCGUAGGAUUCAGUUGGGGGAACGUAUUUGAUCAAUUACACGUGUACGGUGAUGGAAAUAUGAUGAUUCUUAGAUCAGAUGAUGUUGAUGAUGUGAGUAAAAGGAGAAGGAUGUUAGAAAGUGUAGAACUGUGGGGGUUGAGCUCAAAUGGUAUGUCUUGGGAAUUCAUAUCAAUGGUACCGAGUGGGCUAAUUGAGAAGAUUAAGAAGCCUUACGGGGUUAUAAUGGGGUGUAUAGAGGAAAGACAAGGAACAGUUAGGGCUGUCUUGAUGUCCAACUUUGAAGGCAUUUGGGACAUAAUUUGGCUAUGCUAUGAUAUAAAGAGAAAGCAUUGGACUUGGGUCCCACUCCCUGAUUGCAAGAUGAAGGGUUUAAACAUGGCUGGCAUUGCCUUCUCUACUGGCCUCACCUUGUCUUGA